CUACUUUGGAGCAAAAAAGACAACAAUUAAUGCAAUUCAGUGGUGCGAUGGCCGCCCCCUUCACCCCCUUCGACGACAAGGGAGAAGUGGAUGUCUCGCAGAUUCCCGCAUAUCUCGCGUAUUUGGUGGACAUCCGGGUGGACGGCCUAUACAUCUGCGGCACCACCGGUGAGGGCUAUAGUCUGACUCACGACGAGAAGGUGGCUAUCGUGAAGGCCUGGCGUCAAGCCAUAGACACCCAGAAGGCCGACCAUCUGUUGGCUGUGGUGAACGUGUCGUCCACUUGUCUUAAAGAGUCGCUUCUCCUAUCAAAACACGUGGAAAGUCAUGGUUUCGAUGCGAUCGCCGUUUUGCCGCCGAUUUAUCACAAACCGACGACUGUUGACGAGUGGGUUAACUAUAUGAAGGCGUUUGGUAGGGCGGCGUCCACUAUACCCCUC